AUUUUCGUCAGCAAAUCUGCAGCUAGAUUCGCUCCGAGCAUAUAAGAGUUUGUCUUCUUAGUCAAAAGAUUGAAACUUUCUGGUGAGCUGUUGCUGUUUCUGCGGAAGAAGAUUUACAAUGGGAGAGGAGCAUCCGAGAAAGCGGUCUCGACAACAUUUUGAAGCAGACGCGAGACACGUAUCUUUGCUGGAAUCCCCUCAAUGCGAAACGUCAAAGUGGUAUUUCAGCAGGGAAGAGAUUGAGCGUUUCUCUCCAUCUAGAAAGGAUGGGAUUGACCUCGUGAAGGAGUCAUUUUUACGGUCUUCGUAUUGCACCUUCCUUCAAAGACUUGGCAUGAAGCUUCAUGUGUAAGCUCACAUUAGUAUUCUUUGUUAUCAUGUUUUUUUUUUUCAGUUUUUGGGAAGUAGUGUUUGUUCUCUGGUUGUUUGCUUCAUAGAAAUAUGCUUAAUACUUCUUCUUUUCUUCUGAUAUGGUAUUUCUUGGUACUUUUUUUAGCUAAAGAGGGUGCUAAUGCAUGACAAUGGCUAGCCUAACUGUUGAAUUUUGUCGUAGGGCCACUGUGGGAGGUGGUCUGGAGGUUCUCGUACUAUAAAUUCUCCAUUUUGUCUACAUAUUUGUGUCAUGAAUGGAGACUUAUGUAAUAGUAGUCAAAAUUUGGUGUCUAUGCAUCAUAUAUUGGCUCACUUCUCAUCGGCAAUGGGAGGAUUGCAUCUGUCAUGAAUUUGCUUUGGAGCCUGUUCACCUGUUUAUAACAUGCCCUUCUGAUAUAUGUCUGUGUAUUUGUAAUUCUCUGCUGGGUUAUCAAAACCCUCAGCUGUUCCUACCAUUACCAACUGAUGUUCUUAGUUUUCUGAGCAAGUGCACGUCUCUCCCGGCCUACUAUUUUUGAAUCAUCUAUCAUAGGUCCCAGGUUACAAUAGGAAAUGCAAUGGUGAUGUGCCACCGGUUUUACAUGCGCCAGUCUCAUGCCAAAAAUGACUGGCAGACGAUAGCAACUGCCAGUCUUUUCCUCGCUUGCAAAGCUGAAGAUGAGCCGUGUCAACUUUCCAGCGUUGUUGUAGCGUCUUAUGAAAUUAUUUAUGAGUGGGAUCCUUCUGCCUCAAUUAGAAUCCAUCAAACCGAAUAUUACCAUGAAUUUAAAGAAUUUAUUUUGGCCGGGGAGAGGCUUCUGCUGGACACAAGUGCUUUCCAUCAUUUAGACAUUGAACUUCCCUACAAACCUCUGGCUGCGGCAUUGAAUAGGCUGAACGCUUGGCCUGACCUUGCAACAGCUGCAUGGAAUUUGGUUCAUGAUUGGCUUCGAACAACACUAUGCUUGCAGUACAAACCCCAUGUUAUUGCAACUGCCACUGUGCACUUAGCUGCCACGUUUCAGAAUGCAAAAUUAGGCAGCAGGAGAGAUUGGUGGUUGGAGUUUGGUGUAACAACCAAGUUAUUAAAAGAGGUGAUCCAGGAAAUGUGCAUACUGAUAGAAGUGGAUCGUAGGAGGACUAUGCCACCUCCAAGAAGAGAGGUAGCUUGGGCAAUACCUGCCCCCAUAAAGCCGGUCCAUAUGGCUAGAGGCUAUCCGUUUCACAGCUACCCUUUGCUGCCCUAUAGACAGCCUGGCAUUUGGUGAGCCAUUGUUUUGCAGCCUGAAGAUGUAAUCUCUCGUGUAGUCUGAGUUUGGUCUAUAAACAAAAGAAGAUUCUGAUGAGUCUCAUGAGAGAGGGAGGCAAUGGAAGGUUAUAUAGCAAUCCGGGUGAGGUGUUUGUUGGCUAAGUUAAGCCUCUCAGGUAUGACCGUAUGACCAUCUUCACCAAAGGAUUCUCCCAAGAUUCUUCUUCUUUGUUCUGUUACAUAGAGAUUAUGUAGAAUUGUUGGUUAUACAAGUGUCCAAUUACUUAUUAUAAUAUAAGCAGACUUCAUAUCAUUGUAUAUCUGGAAUCUAUGUUUUGGGUUUCUUCAUAUUGUUUUUGACUUCUUUUCUCAUCGCUAAGUAGUUUGGUUUGAUGAGGUAUUGUAUCUUGUAUGUAUCAAUCGUGGAUCGUCUAAUGCAGUUAUGUAUGGAGCCUUUGGUC